AAUAUUUUUUGUGUGCUCAAUAAACUGCCGAUACGUUUUAGUCGCAUAUUAAUUAAUUUAAAAUUAAAAAUGUUUACUUGUGAUUUCGACAAAAAUAUAAACCUUGUUUAAGUGACAUAAAAUUAUUUUAUCUUAUUAAAAAUAAGUGUUUCGUGCUACUUUCUAUCUAACUGUAAUUAUGGGAAAACAAGUGUAAAUUAUUUCUUACCCAAGUGACAGUUACCUGAUAUCGACAAUUAAAAUAAUUUUAUCGGAUUUAAGAUCACCGACGUUAUCAACGUAAAUUAACACGUACGUUAUUGCUACUGUCAAACAAUGCCAUGUAUGCUCCAGAUCAUCUUAGAAGGAAGGAAGUUAGAGAUGCUAUGUACCGCAGUAAUUCUAGUCUUGACUUGAUAUAUGCUGACCACUCUACAGGGAAUGGUUUGCGACGUGAGUAUGGUAGUCACGGGUCAAUUGACGUGAUUGGUGGUACUAGUGAGCGGCUCCCUGCAAUGGUACACAAUUAUAGCGGCUUAAACACACCCGAAAAGCCAUCUGGAUUAAGCCGUUUGACUGAUCGGUUUUCCGAAGUUUUAGCUAGUGAUCAUGCAGAUGGCCCAACACCAAGAGCCAGUGUUAGCCCCAAACCACGCCUCAAAUUUAAUAAACUGUGGGGUGGUACUACUCCAGUCAUAGCUCGUUCAGAUGGUGAUGGAAUAAUAACAUCUGUAUCUGAUGUAAACAAAAGAAAACAAUUUGCACAUUAUGACUGUCAAUCUCUCAUGGCCAACUUAAGUUAUGCCGCUGAAAUUCGAGGUGCCUUGUUGAGCAGACGUCGUAAUACAACAACUGGAGCCUCUGCAGCAUCCUUACUUGCUACACGUGGGUUACCUCCAGGGGAAGAUGCCAUUCCAGACACUGGUGAUGGUCGAUCAAAUGAAUUACUGGAGAGCUGUCCAUUUUUCAGAAAUGAGUUAGGCGGUGAAGAAGAACGUUGCGUAUCGCUUUGCACACGUACAGCACGGGGUGCCAUACCUGGUCAGUUUGGAGGAUGGCACCGUCCCAGGACAGCUUAUGGAUUUUCAGUUCUAGAAUUCCCACCUGGACAAACUCAUUGGCGACACGGCUGUCCUUUCAUAAGAUCAAGCUCUCCCUUACCCAUCGAAAGUCAAGAUCUCGGCGCGUUGUACUAUAGGAAUUAUUUUUACACACAAUCUCAUCAAAAUUGGUUUGGUAUGGAUGAGAAUUUAGGACCUGUGGCGAUUUCCAUUAAGAAGGAACGUGUAGAGUUGAGGCGUGGCGGUGUUGAUGCAUCCGCCCCUGCUUCACAACUAGCUUGGCAGUAUCGACUCAUCAUCCGAACUUCGGAACUACUUCCUCUGCGCGGUUCUAUCCUCGAAGAUGCUUUACCUACCGUCAAGCCGAGUAACAAUAGUGCCACAUACAACACCAAAGAAGUGCUAGAGUAUGUUGCGCCGGAGUUGCAGCUGGGUUGUUUAAGAUUAGGAAUUACAAAUGGAGGUGCUGAAAAUCAACUUUUGCGACUUGACGAGCAACGUGUAACGAGGCACUACAAAGUUGGAGUAAUGUAUUGCAAGAGUGGACAGUCUACCGAGGAGGAAAUGUACAAUAACCAAGAAGCCGGACCAGCUUUUGUAGAGUUUCUUCAAAUGUUGGGUCAAACGGUCCGAUUAAAAGAUUUCGACAAGUACAAAGCUGGUCUAGACAACCGAACAGAUUCAACUGGGCUCUAUUCUGUUUACACAACCUACCAAGGUUGUGAAAUAAUGUUUCACGUUUCGACAAUGCUUCCGUACACACCGAACAACAGGCAGCAAUUGUUGAGGAAACGACACAUCGGCAAUGAUAUUGUGACAAUUGUCUUCCAAGAACCGGGUGCAGCGCCAUUCACACCCAGGAACAUCCGCUCCCAGUUUCAGCAUGUUUUUGUGGUUGUGAGAGUCAUUGAUCCGUGUACGGAGAACACACAUUACAGUAUAGCUGUAAGUCGUGCUAAAGAAGUGCCUUUAUUUGGGCCCCCCAUUAAGGAUGGGGCAGUUUAUCCAAAAGGGGAAGCCUUCACGGAUUUACUUUUAAGUAAGGUUAUAAAUGGUGAAAAUGCUGCCAUCCAAUCGCCCAAGUUUAGUACGAUGGCGACGCGUACGCGGCAAGAGUACCUUAAAGAUUUAGCUAAGAAUUACGUCACUGCUACCACUACGGAUACUGGACAGAAAUUUUCUAUAUUCUCUUCGUUGUUGAUGAAGAGCGGUAAUAAUUCCAGCAACAAUACCAUCGUGACUCGCGUCGACGACUGCACUAACGACGUUUUAGUUGGUGGUGCAUUGUGCUUUCACGUGCAAGUUCAGGAUGAAGGAGCCGGCGGAACUGUAGUGGAUUGUAUAAUGGGAAUAUCUGCAGAUACCAUAGUCAUUGUCGAAGAGAGCUCAAGGCAGAUAGUUCUCGUUCUACCAACAAAUACUUUACUUGGCUGGGUGGUGAAUGGGCUGUGGGUGCGCGUGUACUACCACCGCGGGGAGAGCGUGCGCGUGAGCGCGGCCGACGCGCUGCUGCGCCGCCUCGCCGCCGUGGCGCCGCCGCACGCGCACGCGCUCUCCGAGCUCACGCUGGACCGGGGCGCCGCCGCGCAGCUAGGGUUCCACGUGCAGGCGGACGGGCUGGUGACGGCGGUGGAGGGCGGCGGCGCGGCGGCGCGCGCGGGCGUGCGGCGCGGCGCGCGACUGCUGGAGGUUUGUCGCGCCGCCGUCGUGGCGCUCACGCACGACCACCUCGUCGACCUGCUCAAGACCUCCGACCCCGUCACCGUGCGGCUGACGUUCGCGGCGGGCGCGCGCUGUGAGUGUCAGAGCGCGUGCGGGGAGGCGUGGGCGCAGCAGCCCGCGCGCCGCCGACAGUCGCCGCCGCGCUCCGACACCUCCGGAUACGGGACCGGUAAUGUGCAUUGCGGGUCUGGGCGCAGCACGACGUCGGGCGGCAACGCGGAGGUGCGGCGCCGCUCCCACGAGGACGCGUCCCCGCGACACGCACGCCGCCCGCGCUCGCUCGCGCACUCCUCGCUCACGGAAGAACUGAUGCGAUUAAUGGACGCUGAGCUUGGCGAACCUCGUAGCGGUAGCGGAGGUGGUGGUGGUGGUAGCGGCAGUAACGGCGGUGGUGUAGGUAGUGGAGGAAGCGCACCGCUACCGCUACCGGACGCCUCCGCGCUAGACUGGGCCGCUCUUGUACAUACUGCCACGCGGGCUAUGUUACAGAUUUGUGAAGAACAUCAGUAUCCGUCCAUUGACAACGCCGAGCCGACUUCUGAGACUGCAAUUGAGGUCGGCCUCGACACGUGGUCAGAGAUAGCCAGCAACGACGCGGACGAGACAGGUGCGGGUGUGGGAGCGGGCGCGGGUGCGAGUGCGGGCGCGGCGGGCGGCUGCGCGUGCGGGCUGGCGCAGCGCGUGGCGGCGCUGGAGGCCGACGCCGCCUCGGCGCAGCGCCACCGACACCACCUGGAGGAGGAGGUGCGUCGGCUGCGGCGACACAAUGCGCGCCUGCGCGAGGAGUCCGCGCGCGCCGUGUGGCAGCUGCGCCACUUCACGCACUGGCUCAAGCGCACCGUCGACAAGCAGUGACGCACACGCGGAUACCCUUGAAAAAUAAGAAUAACAAGAAGCGUUACAGUCAUACCUGCUGCCUACAUCAAAUCGUACGACUCAGCGAGGUACUAUUGCUUACUUGAAUAGUAUUUAAUAAAUUACAUAAUUUCCAAAGAGUAACUACGUGUGAAAUAUAAAUAUUUAACUCAGCGCUGUAUCUUAUGAAUUUUGUGCCUUUCAAGCUUCUAGGGAAGCUAUUGUUUUGGCGUAACGAUAUUUUUUUCUUAAUUAUUAAGUACGUGUCACUGUUUAAACGUUAAAUAUUCAAAUAAUAUAAUGUUGCUGUUUCGAUAAAAAAAAAAUGUGUUUAUAGGCGCAUUGUUAUGUUAAGCGUCUGAUAGUUUGAUAUGCCGUAUAUUGUAAGAUUGUUUAUUUAUUACUGUUUUAAGUAUUAAAUAUGUAAAAUCAUCGCGACUCUGUUACUCUAAAACUAUAUUAUGAUACUGAAAAAAUAUUUUUCACGUAUCUGUAUAUCUCAAUUAAUCUACAAUUUGUAAUUAUGUAAACAAGAUGAGCUUUUAAAAAAAAAAGCAUUAAUUCACAAUUUAUAUGACUAUAUUCUUUUAUUAUUAAAUUGUUACUAUUAAGUAAUUAAGUAGCAUUAACUUGUAAUAUUUAAUUAAUAUUUAAAACAGACUUGAAACCCUGCCAAAUAUUAUAACCGUAAGAUGUAUCAUCACAUUAAAACAAAUAUUUAAUGUUACUGCUAAAUAAUUAAAGUACAUAUACUAUACCCCAAUAGCAGAAGGAAUAAAGAUAAACAAACCUUCAUAUUCCAUGUAGUUAACUAACGGUUCUACUAUUUUAUGCACUAAAAACAUUCUUAACUUAUAUAACUCUAUAUCGUAUUAAAAACUUUAUAUCCACUUUAAAUUUACUUACAAGGUUCCGAUAACAACUUCGAUGACAUUAAAACGCUAUUUAAAUAUCGAAUCCGUAAUGAAUACCAUAGAUUAUUAUAGUUGGCCAAUGAUAUCACGUCAAUUCAAGAUCAAAAUAAUUUUAUCCUCCGCCAUUGGCAAUACCCAUUGAAACAUAAUAAUCGUUUUAUUAACAUAAUUAUUGCUACUUAGUAAUUUUUAAACCGUAUUAACUAACACGAUCUCUUAUAAUAUGUUAAUUUUUCUAUAUUAUUAAUAACUAUUUAAUUUUUUUUUGUAAAUAUAAUUGAAUCUCUUAGUUAAAUUAUAUAAACGUAAAAUGGAAGCUUUAUUAGUGUAAGUCAUUUUAAAUGUAGUGGUAAUUUUAGUGAAUCAAUUAAUUAUUCAUAUAUUUUUAAGCGAAAACAAUAUAUCAAUCAACGAAAAAAUAACACCAUUACUUAUGGUAUAAUGUUUUACAUCGUACAUAUUAUUGUUACCUUCAAUUUAUAUUAAGAAUUCUAACAGCUUUCCGUAACACAGCAUUUAAUUCUAUGCUAGUUGCAAAAUAUGUUUGCAAGAGCUUACUUAGAACAAUUAAAAAAAUGUUGUUUUUUUUUCUUUAAAUGUUUGUUGAACUCAGCACAGGAAUUAUUUGAGCAGCCGGACCAUACUGUGAUUAGUGCUUAUUGAUACUAUUAUGUAUGUACAAUCAAAAUUUAAGGCGUGUGAAACCGCAGAGCAGCUAAUACUGUACGAAACAAUUUGUUAUUUUUGUAAACACACUUUAUAAAUAUGAUACUUAUUACCUUACAUUUAUUAAUUGAUACAGCUACAAAAAAAGUUUGUCAAUUCUGAUUAUAAUUUACAAUGUCAUUGUAAAUGUUCAAUUUUUUAAACUCUGGUUAUUAUGGAAUAAUGCGAAUGUACAUUUUUUGCAUUGUUGGUAUUAUGGUAGAACCUUUUUUUUCCUGCAAAGUGUAAUAAAUAAUCAUAGUGAGUAAACUACUUUAUUGACAGAUUAGUUAUUGAAAAUGACCAAGGGAUGUCACAAAAUUGGUAUCUUUUACUACUUUCUAAUUAAAGAUAUUCAAAGUUUUAUAUUACUUAUUAAUUUUUAUAACAAGCAUCAAUCAGAUGUGCAAUCAACAAAAAUUUAAUAUUUCAUUUUAUGUGACAUGACUUCCCUAAGUGACAGUAGAAGCGUAUAACCUCGCGGUUAUCUGUCAAGCAGCCAAGUUGAUUAACUAUUAUUAUUUAUUUACGCUCUGGUGCCGCCAUAGGUACAGUCACAGGUAUAGCGAGAUGUAUAAUUAAUUAUUAUGUUAUAGUAGAAAAAUGGCCUUAUAUGUAGUUUUAAGAUUUCAAUAUAUGUAAAUUGCCACUCGUCGUAUGUCAAUUCAAUUAUUGUACUAAUAACAAUUGCUAUUGUACCCACCUUUUCCUAGAUAUAGAAAAUGAAUUAAUCAAAAAUUUGUUUACAAAUUAGUAAUUUUACAACCAAAGCGUUACUGUUUACCGCCAUAGAUUUCAAUGUUUUUUUUUUUCAUUUUAUCGCUUUUAAUUUUUCGAUCUAUUUAAGCACUAGCUUAAGUACAUAACAUAUGUUUAUAUUUUAUACGAUUAUUUUAAGACA